AUGUCCUCAGAGGAAUACGACAUCCUAAAGGCCAAUCUUGCACUUGGCCAGACCUCGAGCACCCCAGUGGCAUCUUCAUCUUCUGGAGGACUCGUCAACCUGGCAAACCCUGCUGCCCUCUCGUCUUCUUGCGCUGAAGCGGUUGCCACCUCUACCGGACCAUUUCUAACCGACUUGCCCGACUCGAGCACGGAUAGCUCCGACUCCAUGAUUCUCGGUGGUCAGGCGGUCGGUGUAUUGGCGCCCGCAACUUCAGCCACGGGUAUUGUGUUGGCCCACAAUCCGCGACUUCGCUCCGAGCUAUCGGCCGGCCAACGUCAGCAUGCCUGUUUGCCACGAUCAGCCUCAGAUUACGGCGGUGAUGGGCUCCUCGGUCAGGAGCUUGAGUCCCGACUGGAGGCACAACAACACCAGCAAAUGGCUAUGGUACUCGGCGUCAGCCAUCCUUGUCCUGGCUCUUCGGGCGCCGGCGGUGGCGUUUGUGGCCCCGGAUACGUCGGAGGCACUGGCACAUUUAUGUCGGGAUUUGGACUGGGGAACUACUGUACUGGCGACCAGGUGAUUGGCACGGCGGUGCCUCUCGAGGCCGGUGGAUCACUGGGGAAGACGGGGGGCGAGCUAAGCCAAGGAGCGACAGAUUAUGGUCUCAACUGCGAGGCUGAGGAGGGGUACCAGCGAAUUUUGGGUGGGUAA